AUGCGACAAGCAUUGUCACCCGACCCAGUCGUGCCUGACCACAAUCGCCAAGCACGGACGAACGGCGAGGGAACUACCCUCCUGGCAACGCUGAAGACUCUGUCCCAGGCUGUGCAAGAUCUACAGAAAAAGGCCGAGGCCCGUGAGAAGGACAUGCUAGACACGGACAAGAGCCUUGCCGACAUAGACAAGAGGCUUACCGACACGGACAAGAGCCUUGCCGACAUAGGCAAAAGGCUUACCGACACGGAUAAGAGCCUUGCCGACACGAAAACCAAUCUAGAGACUAUGACCAAAGACCUCAAAGCGGUGGAAAAGACCCUUAUCAAAUAUGAGCAUACGUUCGAUGCGUAUACAAUUGAGGUACGCUCAACUGUACUCGACAAAUGGGCUGGGAAGCCUAUCAGCAAUACUAGGAAGUCUCAGCGAAAUGCUACUACCCACGGAGGCAAUAUCCUUGCGGAUUAUGAUGUUAUCCUCCAGGAGGUUGACCGGCAAGACUCGAGGGUAGACCGGUGGAAGCCGGCGUUUGCAUCUUACUACAAUGUGUCGUGGGAGUUGCUUCAUACCCGUGGUGGGCUCGAUUCAGUUAGUAAAGAGCUAGUUCGGAUCUUUGACUAUCUUGCGGAUACUAGAUCGCUUGAGAAAUGGGAGGAAAACACAUCUUCCAAAAGGGUUCAAGUUCGGGCUGAAAUUGUUACAAUAUGUACUAGCUGGAUCGAUAAGUGGGUGAAUGGUACUAUGGAUACCAAUCCGACGAAACCUCAGAUGGAGAGACUGCGACAAUUCUCCCAUCAGACAUAG